GCGAAUCCAGUAGCCUUAUCAUGCACCAACGAAUCCAUACAAAUGAAAAGCCUUAUAAAUGCAAACUAUGCCCAAAAGCAUUCACAAGUCACUCGUCACUUGUUAUGCACAAUAGACACCAUAGUGGUGACAAGCCAUAUAAAUGUGAAAUUUGUGGCAGGGCAUUUUCUGUGUCUAGUAACAGGGCUAGGCAUAUGCGUUCACACAAAAACAUAAAGCCGUAUUCGUGUUCUCAAUGUGAAUGGUCGUUCACAACCAGCUCAGACCUGAAGCGGCAUCUUAAAACGCACACUGGAGAAAAGCCAUACCGUUGUGAGGAGUGCGACAAGGCAUUCUCGUCUUCGUGCGGGCUGUCAACGCACAAAAAGAUCCACUUCAAUAUCAAACCACAUAGCUGUACCGUUUGUCACAAACGAUUUGCGACUACUGGUCAAGUGACGUCACACAUGCGCACGCAUACGGGUGAGCAGCCCUUUAAAUGCACUUACUGCGACAAGGCUUUCUCCAUAAAAGGAAACCUAACGGUACACAUAAGAAGACAUACAAAUGAAAGGCCGUAUGUGUGCACGACAUGUGGUAAGAGUUUCACCGUCAUUUCACAGCUCGUUAUGCACAAUCGGUCGCACACGGAUGAGAGGCCCUAUGAAUGUGAUAUUUGUGGGAAGAAAUUCCGCCAGCAAGGUGGUCUCAGUAUCCACAAGAAGAUCCACACGGAAGAGAAACCUCACGAGUGUACGCAGUGCGAGAAGGCGUUUAUCACAAAGGCUAAGCUAGAUAGGCAUUUCAGGACGCACUCUGGCGAGAAACCAUACCGUUGUGAGAUCUGUGAAAAGUCAUUCCGUGAUAAAGAUUCUCUGAAUAUUCACAUGCGAAUCCACAACAACGAUAAGAGACACUCGUGCAGCUAUUGCCCUAAAUUGUUUUACACCAAGACUGAAUUAAGGCAGCAUGUUCGAAUCCACACUGGAGAAAAGCCUUACAAGUGUCCGUACUGCGACAAAGCAUUCGCCGUCAAAGGGAACUGUACCGUUCAUGCCAGGACCCAUACAAAGGAGAGGCCAUAUAAAUGCACAAACUGCGGCAGAGCAUUCUCUUGCAGGUCCGGGCUGAGAGAACACAUGAGGACACAUGGCGGAGUUAAAGAAUUCAUAUGCUCAAUUUGCGAGAAAGCCUUUCUUCGAAGAGGCUGCCUUAAAAAGCACGAGAAAUUACACGUUAAGCAAGGAAACCAUGGUAACUGCCUAUCAAGCAAAACACAAUAAGAUGUGUGUAGUCACAUGUAGUUCUUCUGUAUCCCAUUUUCUAUUCCAAUUUUUUGACCUGUUACUUCUUUAUUUUCUAUCCCUUUGAAGUUCAUUUAUGCCUCUGGAUUUGUCGUUUUCCAUUCAACUUUUUUAUUCUAAAUAUGGCUUGGAACUUCUUAUUUUGAUAUCCCAGAUUUCUAUACCAUUUAUGACUUUGUAUCAAAAUCCCAUUUUUAUAUCCCAUUAUUUAUAUGAAAUGUAACUCAUUCUUCUAUUCUUUAAUGAUCCCAUUAGUGACUCCUGACUUUGUAUUUUUAUACCCCAUUAUUAACAGAUGACUUAUUAGCUUUUAAUCCAUUUGCCAUUAACGAUUCGUAAAUUUUUCCAUUAACGAUUCGUAUUUUUAUAUUCUAUUCUCUAACCCAUUAGUGACUGCGGGCUGAGAGAGCAAACGAGAGCACACGCGUCCAUAUUUUCUAUUUGUGAGAAAGCCUUUUUGGAAGGGCUUUCUUAGAUCCCUUUUACAUAAUGUUGGUCGAAUUCUCAACCGCUCAGAAACUUGUACCGGAAGCGGUGUUUACACUGAAAGGUGUUUAUUUUUCACACUGUUUACACAGGUCUCAUACAACUAGCUGCCUCUUUUUUCGUCUAGUCCAGCUAGAGCUUGCCCAAAAAUUUUAGCGGAAAAAAGGGAUGGCAUGAACAAGCUAAUCUAACAAAGCACCUAAAGGUGUGAUGUCUAUUCCGUUUUUCUAUUCCAUUGUUGACCAAGGACUUCGUAUUUCUUAUCAAUUUUUCUCUCGUGACUUCGCACUAUUAUAUACCAUUUGAUUUUGUAUUUUCGUGAUUAUUUUUAUUUGUUAUCCUAUUUUUGCCUCAGAUAAUUGCGCGUGACUCCGUCUUCCCACUGAAAAAUAAGCCAUUUUUCAUUAUCGUUCGGCGUCUUUUUUUAAGCACUAAAAAGUCCGAGUGUUAAGCCUUAUAUUUUUAAGAGCAUAUCAUUUUCAAAGUCAAAGGCUUUAGGAGUUGAUGGGUAUGUCAUCAAUAAGUAGGUGCUGUUCGGAUUUCGGAAGUGAAUUUCAGUGACUUGUCCUAAUUAAUAAAAACAGUAAAGUACUUACUUCCAUCUACACAUUCAUGACUCAAUCAUAUUUAAACAACAUUCUCAAUAUUGACAAGUCAUGCACAAACUAUCAUUAAUGCCAUAUUAUUAAAAUAACUCUUAACAAAAAGCAAAGCGAUUACAGUUUCUACGCGUUAAAAUCUCUUAGAUUUUUUAAUUGAUAGUCCUCCUGUAGCCAACACAAUCGGUCAGUAAUAGCUCAAUAUAUAUGGCAUACAUUUGUCUGGAGAAUCAUUAAUAUUUUUCACUGCUUUAACUUGAUGUGAUUAUUUAAGAUUAUAAACUAUUUUAAUCCAUUCGAUUUUGGUGCAAUAUGUUUAAUCAUGUAAUUAUACUCAAAAAAUGGACAAUUUUAUAAAGGACAAUUUUAUUGGAUGUAAUUUAAAUCCCACAAAAGCUUAACUUUAUCAGAAAAUACAAGAUAGAUUUUGCAGUUAUUUCACCAAAUUAGAAAAAAACAUAUUAGAUUCCAGUUGACAUCUUACAAUGUUUGGCUUCCUGUAUUCGUGAAAUAUGAUUUUACUUUCAUGAACCUUGUCACGUAGGCCCUUGUCGCAAAAAGAUAUGGCUGAAACCAUAUCAUAUGCCAACGGAACUUGUUCUUGGAAAACGAUUUGGUUUUAAGUGUAAUGAAUGACUUCCUGAUGGCCAAUUCUUUAAAUAAUCAUAUAAGACAUAAGGUUUAUGCAUUUCUCAGUAGAAAUGUAUUGUGGUUAGACAAAAUUGCAGUGAAUCCUUAAUUUACUUUUCUUGUGAUAGCAUCAGUAAUUUAUAUUUUACCAUUGUGUUUGAAUAACAUUUUCAAUAUUUACAGUCCUGUGUAAAUUGUGUCUUAUCAGAAAAUUAAAAUUAUUCAGAAAUCAUCUAAAAACAAUUGAAAAUUGAAAAUUUAGCUCAUGGUAUAGUCUAUACUCUAUAAGUGCUGCUUUUUCAGGUUUUCAAAUUUUACUUAAAAUCAAUUCAUAUUCUAAUGGAUAAACCAAAGAAAGGCUUUUAAUACCAUGCCAUGUGAGAAAGUGAAUAGGAAGUGUAUUAAUUGUCAGUCACAAACCAAGAACACCAAUACAAGCUAACUCUCACCAAACCAGCUACUUACUCAAUAGUCAAAAAUUACUAAAUACAAAUUCUUGUGGCAAUAGGACUAAUUCUCCUUAUCCAAACAUUACCGCAUAUGUCAUAACAUUUAAUAAACUUACACUAAACGCAGGAAGAUUUUGUUAUAUGAGCCUCUUAGUAAUUUCAAUCCAAAGCAGCUGGUUACAAUAAUGAUACUGAAUAUCUAUAGCUAAAAUUAUUUACAGUUAAUUAAAUCAUAGUAACAUUUUGGCGAAUAAUUUUUUUAAAGAUAAACACACCAUAAACAAGUACCAUUAUAUUUUGAAAUAAAAUAAUAAGAUCAUAUACCAUAAA